CUCGGAAAAUAAUCGGCCGACAAAUGGGAAUCCGUUUUACAAAUCUUUUACCACCUCUUUGACGUUAUCUUACAAAUUUUACUUGACCGGUCGAUUGUCCUAUUGAAAUACAUUUUGGAACGGGCCUUCUGCGCCAGUGUAUUGUGCAAAGGUUCAGGGUGGGUUUUAAAAGGUUUUUCUGACAGAAUUUUCUCCUCCGACAAAUCGAGAUGAAAAAUAUAAUUUUCCUUUCGGCCCUGUUCGUCUUUGCCGGCGGGCAAGAAUUCGAAGACACCCUGGAAGGGAAAUGCAAAAGUAAACUUUUAAGUAAUGUGCCUACUGACUGGAUCACGAUGUCCGAUGGUUGCACACAAAAGAUGAAGGAACAGGUCAAAGAGGAGUUUCAAGCAGCUAUGACUUACAUGGCAAUGGGUGCCCAUUUUGCUAAAGAUGUAGUCAACAGGCCAGGUUUUUCAAAAAUGUUCUUCAAAGCUGCCUCAGAGGAAAGGGAACACGGCAUGAAGAUAAUGGACUAUCUUAUUAUGAGAGGAGGUCUUCUUAAGGAUUUCUCUAAUAUUAUUGGCCAACCUAGACCGACAAAUAACAAAACGGCUUGGAAAUCAGGAUUUGAAGCCCUUUCUGAUGCGCUGGCCCUGGAAUCCCAUGUGACUAGAAAAAUUACGGCAUUGGUAAAAGCUUGUGAAGAUUCGCCGGCCAUUGGUAUUCAGCUUCGUAAUGAUUAUCAUCUUGUGGACUACUUGACCGGCGAUUUCCUUGAAGAACAGCUCAAAGGGCAGAGAGAGAUUGCAGGAAGGGUUUCAACUCUUGGUAAGAUGAUGGAUGACCACGGCCCCCUCGGAGAGUUCCUGUAUGACAAGAAACUGCUGGAGGAAUAAUUGCAAUAAUGCUGUGUACAUAAUUUAAAAAAAAAA